AUGGCUUUGGAAACUAUUAUCUAUGACACCAUUUCUGCAACUCCAUUUAGUAGUACUAGUUCUUAUCAUCAUGAUACAAUAGAGUCUUGUUGUUUCUUGGAAAAUGCAAUGAGCUAUGAGCAGCAACAAUAUCAUGAAGGUGUAAUAUUUGAUCAGAAUAACAGAAAAAGAGAGUUUAUGGAGCAAGAUGAAACAAUGAGUAGUCAUCAAGUUGUGGAAGGGAGGAAGAAGAGGAGAAGGAAGCCAAGAGUUUGUAAGAAUAAAGAAGAAGCUGAGACUCAGAGAAUCACACACAUUACGGUUGAGAGAAACCGUCGAAAACAAAUGAAUGAACAUCUCGCUGUUCUUCGGUCACUCAUGCCUGAAUCCUAUGUUCAAAGGGGUGACCAAGCCUCAAUAGUUGGUGGAGCCAUAGAGUUUGUGAAGGAACUAGAACAUAUUUUGCAAUCACUUGAAGCAAGAAAGCUACAACUCUUCCAACAAGAAUUAGCAUUACAACAAAACAACAUUGAAGAAACAUCCAAUGUUUCAAAGCUCAAUAAUAUGAAACCACCAUUUGCACAAUUUUUUGUGUAUCCUCAAUACACAUGGUCUCAAACUACUAAUAACAAAUACACAUCCAAAACCAAAGCUGCCAUAGCCGAUAUCGAGGUUACGUUAAUCGAGACUCAUGCAAAUCUUAGAAUUCUCACUAAAACAAGACCAGGACAGUUAACUAAAUUGGUUGCUGGUUUUCAAACACUCUUUCUCUCCAUUCUUCAUCUCAAUGUCACUACCAUACAACCUUUGGUUUUCUACUCUAUCAGUGCCAAGGUUGAAGAAGGGUUUCAACUUGGUUCAGUAGAUGGCAUUGCAACAGCAGUUCAUCAUUUACUUGGAAGAAUUGAGGAAGAAGCCUCACUAUGCUGUUAA